AUGACAGCAUCUUUGCAUAUCCAAUUUUAUCUAAAUAAAUUAUUGAAUAUUUACAAAUUAUUGUAAGGAUCAGCAACAAUUAUAUAUCAUAUAAUUAAUGGAUCAAGAAAAAAGGUUGAAAAUGAUUUUACUAAUUUAAAAGAUUAAAUCCAUAAACUAUUAUAUUAGUUAAGAUCGACAGUUUAAUAAAAAGCCAAAUAUGCAAAUGUUUAAAGAAAUGUUGACUCUAUUAAAAAAGAUAUUAAAAUAACAUAGAAAGUUUAUUAGAUAAGUUGAAUGAAUUACUGCGAAAUAAUAUAAGGAUAAAAAUGUAUUACAUAUUCAUAUGUUAAGAAAUACUCUGAAAAAAUUAUACGAACUAAUAAAACAAUCUAAUUUAAUUAUAGAUAAUAAGUUUAUGAUUUAUAAUAGUAGUUAGAUCUAAAUGCUAUUAUUUAUUAAUAUUAAUAAACCAAUAAUAGUUUAGGGCAAGUGAGAACUUUAACGAAUAAUUUAAUGGAUCAAGAUGAUAGAAAACUUCCGUCAUUACUAUACAUGACUUAAAAUUAAAAAAGAUGUAAUAUAAAGAUGGAAAGAAAAUAAUAAAGAAAUAGAUUAAUAAUUAGAUAUUAUUAUUGAUGGUACUAAAUAAUUGAAAGACAAUUCUUAAUAGAUUGGACAAGUAUUUUUUGAAUUGAUUUAUAUAGAAAAUUGACAAUACAACCUAUUAAAUUGAUAAUAUAAUUAAUGAAGUGGAUGAAACAAAUUAGGAUUUAAAUAAAUAAUAAAAUUAAUUAUAGAGGAUUGUACAAAAAUAUAGAUAACCAAAUUAGUUUUUUUUAAUAUUCAUUCUGAUUGGAUUAUGUAGAGUAAUCUAUUUAAAUUUAAACUGA